CUCAGCAUCAGUCACUCUCCCACCCACGGCUCAACACUGCGCUCCCCCCUCCAGUGGAACAUGUUGCUGCACAAACCGUUUGUUUGGAUCCUAUCCAUCCUGUGUGGCACUGACGUGUGUUUGGGGUUCGUGUACGACCGGCCCAAACGCUCAGGAGAGGAUGGGACCUCGGCCAGGACAGAGUCUCGCUCUGCCGCUCAGUAUGUACCGACGUCCGGCUCCUGCAGGAACAGGUGUUUCGAGCUGGUUGAGUUGGAUCCACCAAACUGUCGCUGUGACAACCUGUGUAAGACGUACAACAGCUGCUGCUCGGACUUUGACCAGCUCUGCCUCAGGACAGACGGGGGAUAUGAGUGCAGGAAGGAUAGAUGUGGGGAGACUCGAAAUGAACUGCAUGCCUGCCACUGCUCUGAAGACUGUUUGGCCAGAGGAGACUGUUGCACCAACUACAAGACACUGUGUAAAGGAGACAGCUCGUGGCUGCAGGAUGAGUGUGAGGAGAUGAAGAACCCUGAAUGUCCAGCUGGAUUUGUGCGUCCGCCGCUCAUCAUGCUGUCAGUGGAUGGAUUCAGAGCUUCCUACGUGAAAAGAGGAAACACUGUCAUUCCCAAUAUCGACAAACUCAGAACAUGUGGAACCCAUGCUCCGUACAUGAGACCUGUUUAUCCCUCCAAAACCUUUCCAAACCUCUACUCACUGGCUACGGGUCUUUAUCCAGAGUCUCAUGGUAUUGUUGGCAACUCCAUGUACGACCCAGUGUUUGACGCAACGUUCACCCUGAGGAGCCGAGAGAAACUCAAUCAUCGCUGGUGGGGAGGGCAGCCAAUCUGGAUCACUGCACUCAAACAGGGAGUCAAGGCUGCCACCUUCUUCUGGCCUAUUGCCAUCCCAUUAGAGAGGAGGAUACUCACCAUGCUGCAGUGGCUCCACCUCCCUGAAGGAGAGAGGCCCUAUGUGUAUGCCAUGCACUCUGAGCAACCAGACACAUAUGGACACAAAAUGGGGCCCAUGAGUACAGAACUGAACAACCCUCUGAGGGUCAUUGACAGAAUCAUUGGUCAGUUGAUGGAUGGACUGAAGCAGAUGAGACUGCACCGCUGUGUCAACAUCAUCCUGGUGGGGGAUCAUGGUAUGGAAGAGGCCCACUGUGAUCGCACUGAGUUCCUCAGUAACUACAUGACCAACAUUGAUGACAUCAUCCUCAUCCCUGGGUCCCUGGGCAGAAUACGCUCCAGAUACCCCAACAACCCGAAAUAUGACCCCAAGGCUGUUGUUGCAAAUCUAACUUGUAAGAAAGCUGAGCAGCACUUCAAGCCGUACCUGAAGCAGCACCUGCCCAAGCGUUUGCACUACGCCUACAAUCGACGCAUUGAGGAGAUUCAUCUGCUGGUGGAGAGGAAGUGGCACGUCGCCAGGAAGGUUCCGGAGGGAAAGAGACACUGUGGAUUCGCUGGUGACCAUGGAUAUGACAAUAAGAUCAACAGCAUGCAGACUAUUUUCUUGGGGUACGGACCUACGUUUAAAUUCAAGACAAAAGUUCCAGCCUUUGAAAACGUUGAGCUUUAUAACGUCAUGUGUGAUCUUCUGGGUCUGAAACCAGCCCCCAACAAUGGAACCCACGGCAGCCUGAACCACCUGCUGAGGACUCCCCUGUACAGACCCAGCAUGCCAGAGGAGGUUUCCAGACCCACAGCCUCCGGUCUUGUUUCUACGGGAACAGAUGACCUGGGCUGCAGCUGCGAUGACAAGAACAAAGUGGAGGAGCUAAACCAGCGACUGAGGCAAGCUAUUGAUGACAGCAGGAACCUUCCGUACGGUCGACCUGCUGUACUCUUCCGUACCAAAUACUCCAUCCUCCACCACAGUGACUUCAUCAGUGGCUACAGCGAGCCUCUCUCUAUGCCGCUCUGGACAUCAUACACCGUCAGCAGACAGGUAGAGGUGUCUCCUCUGCCUGAAGCUCUUUCAAACUGUGUGAGACCUGAUACCAGAGUCCCUCCAGCCUACAGCCAGUCUUGCACCAACUACAGAGCAGACAAACAGAUCUCAUACGCCUUCUUGUACCCACCACAAUUAUCCUCAACGAUGGAAAAAAAAUAUGAUGCUGUCCUUAUCACCAACACGGUUCCAAUGUAUCCUGCAUUCAAGAGGAUCUGGGGCUACUUCCAGAGAGCACUGGUGAAGAAAUAUGCCACUGAGAGAAACGGAGUGAACGUGCUCAUUGGACCCAUAUUUGACUACAACCACGAUGGUGUCAGGGACUCUGCAGAGAAGAUUAAAGAGUAA